GACUGGAGCGAGAGAGAGCGAGAGCGAGAGAGAGAGAGAGAGAGAGAGAGAGAGACGGCGCGCGCCGGACAAGGCGAGGGCAGUCUGGCCGAGCGCGUCACACGCACACGCUCGCGCAUCGCUGCUCAGCUAGGCGGUCAACUAAGAAGUGCUCUUUUUUACUCAGAAACAGAAACUUCGCCUGGAAGAGGGCGGACGGCGCAAAAGAAGGAUAUAUAUUCGCACAUUAUAAAAGAAAAGUCGGAGUGCUCGUGCAGGGACGAAGCAGGCGCCUCUUUUCCCAGCGUGGUGCUGUCGCGAAGGCAAAGUGCUCGGCUGGGACACAUUCGCUGCUGGUCCUUCCUUCGCCUGGCGCUUCAGUCCUGGAUUUGCGUGUCGGGCUUUUGGAUCUGUCUUGUGCCGAUGAGAGAGAAAUGAUGAAAAUGUAUGUGGAGGAUCUGAGCACGGAAAUACGGGAUAUAGCCAAUAUUUGUUGAGGAGAGAAAAAGACAGCGAUCACCCUUGCUUCGUCGGACCUUUUUUUUUUUUUUACGUUUGCCGUGGUGGGCUGCAAGGAUUGUGUGGAUUAAGAUAUAUAUAAUAAAGAUAUACACAUAUAUAUUUUAAAGAAAAAAAAAUCCAGGACGAGCGUGGCUAUGAAUGGAUCAUGUGUUCUUUUUUAUUUAGAGUGUUUUUUUACCCUCGUCCACUUUAUCCGCGGUCCCCGUCGUCGCGCAGCAGCGCUUACUUCACCGGGCUGUGAAUAACAUGCGUGACAGUGUUUGGUUAACGGCGUUCGGCAGGAGUGAAUGCGUUCCUUCAUAAUUAAUAAUUAUCUUUAUUAACCUUGUCACUCGCAUGAUCAGGCGAUGAAACUUAAGUGAGAGAGAAAGGAGCUCUCCGUAGCGCAAGAUAAUUCACAUUCAGCACUGUUUUCCGCCGCUCGCGCAUGACAUGCCGCUGUACAGGCAGGGACACGGUCAUGGUUGACGGGGUCGCACGCUGUCGCUGCCGCGUUUUGCCUUACGAUUUGGGGAACAACUAGUGUCAAGUGCGCUGCCGCGGACGGACGGACGGACGGCGGGCUCUUCGUAAGCCGGGUACCGCGCGUUUCGCGGACGCGUUCUCGCAUCAGAGCGGAUCUGCUGUGUCUUAUAAAAAACUGAAGACUGGCGUAUGCCACGGAGUGCGUUCGCCGCCCGAGCCGCCGCCGCUGUCUCCCGCACCACGUUCUUCUCCUUUCGGGCUGCUUGUCUUUGCCUGGACUCGGAUCCCGGAUUCUUCAUGAUUUGCGGACAUCAUGCUCGUUUUUUAGCCGGGGAACCCUCUUCUCGUCCCGCAUGUUCAGGACCAAACGGUCGGGGCUCAUCCGGCGACUCUGGAGGAGCCGUGCGCCGGUGGAGGGCGACGCGGAGGCGGAUACCCGAACCCGCGGCCCCGGGGGCUGCUGCAUGGGCAAAGGCGCGAAGGUUUCCAAAGGCGGCGCGGGCACGGAAGCCGAACUGAAGGCGCUGACCCACUCGAUCCUGAAGAAGAUCAAGGAGAAGCAGCUGGAGGCGCUUCUGCAGGCGGUGGAGUCCAGGGGGGGCGCGCGGAGCCCGUGCCUCCUGCUGCCCAGCAAAGUGGACUCGAAGCUGGGGCAGCACUCGUACCCGCUGCCGCUGCUGCUCUACAAGGUGUUCCGGUGGCCGGACCUGCGGCACUCGUCCGAGCUGAAGCGCCUCUCCUGCUGUGAAUCGUACGGGAAGGUGAACCCGGAGCUCGUGUGCUGCAACCCGCACCACAUGAGCAGACUUUGCGAACUAGAGUCUCCGCCGCCUCCCUACUCCCGGUACCCGGUGGACUUUCUCAAAGCACCCGAUUCUCCAGACUCUGUGCCUUCUUCCACUGAAACUGGGGGGACAAACUACUCGGCCCCCGUGGGGCUCUCGGAUUCCCAAGCUCGCUUGGAGUCAGGGGAGCGUGCGCACUGGUGCGUAGUGGCGUACUGGGAGGAGAAAACCCGCGUCGGGCGCCUCUACUCGGUCCAGGAGCCCUCCCUGGACAUCUUCUAUGACCUACCUCAGGGGAACGGCUUCUGCCUCGGGCAGCUCAACUCCGACAACAAGAGCCAGCUGGUGCAGAUGGUGCGCAGCAAGAUUGGCUACGGCAUCCAGUUGACGCGUGAGCAGGACGGCGUGUGGGUCUACAACCGCAGCUGCUACCCCAUCUUCAUCAAGUCGGCCACACUGGACAACCCCGACUCACGGACGCUGCUGGUGCACAAGGUGUUCCCUGGCUUCUCCAUCAAGGCCUUCGACUACGAGAAGGCGUACAGCCUGCAGCGGCCCAAUGACCACGAGUUCACGCAACAGCCUCGGACUGGAUUUACCGUGCAGAUCAGCUUUGUCAAGGGCUGGGGCCAGUGCUACACGAGGCAGUUCAUCAGCAGCUGCCCCUGCUGGCUGGAGGUCAUCUUCAACACCCGAUAGCUGUAGCCUUCCUCCUCCAGGGACCUGGGUUGACCCUUCUGAUUUGUUUUGUUUUAUUUUAUUUCUUUUCAUCUGGAGUGAGGGGGUUCACAAGAAGUUUUGCUAAAGGAAGAACUCAAUGACUUGUUCAAUAAAU